AUGGGAUAUCAAAUGCAAAAAUGUCUGGGUCUGGAAGAAUGCAUGUUUGUCAUGCUUGCGUGGCAUGACUCUUGAAUCUGUCAUGCACGUUACCCAAGAGCCACAUUUUUCUGUCAUGCCGAAACGCUGUUUGUCAUGCAGGAUAGGCAACACCUAGAAGCUCAGAAAUUUGUCAUGCUAGGCCAGCACUUGUGGCCUCCAGACGCUACGCCUCUCAGCAUCACAAGUUUCCAGACCAAGACAUAUUUGCAAUGCAUAUGGGAUGCGGAUCUAGCGCGAACACAGCCGCGGCUAACGCCAUCGUCGCUUAUCAAAUGCAAAUACGUCUGGGUCUGGAAGAUUGCAUUGCCAGGUUUGCAGAAUGCAUAUCUUACAUGACGCGUGGUGCCUGUAGUGCAUGACUUAGCAUCACAGAUUUAUUUUGGAAGGCUUCCUGAAGUGCCUAUUCCGCAUGACAAAUACCCUCUCCGCGGAGCACAAGCUGGGCUCCUCUUGCUGGUCAUAGCAAUACAGAUUUUUUUAGAAUCCAAAGACGGCAUGACAAGUGUGGAACCUUCCAGACAUCCAGGGAUAUUUGCAAUGCAUAUCGCUCAACCAGGGACGAAAGAGGAUGUGGUGGGAAGACCGUUGCAUCAAGUGGAUGCAUAUGGAUUGCAAAUAUGUUUGGGUCUUGAAGAAUGCAACUUGUGAUGCUGCAUGUGGAUGUCUAAACAAUUUGUGUUGCAUGAGCAGCAAAAGGAUUCUAAUUUUUGCUACGCGGGGAGGGCAUUUGUCAUGCGGAAUGGGCAUGAAGAAUCCCGCAAAAAACCUGUGAUGCUAGGGCAUGCAUCACGGACAUCAUGGUUCAUGCAAACCGUGCAUGACAAGUCUCAGAACCUUCCAGACCCAGACAUAUUUGCACUUGAUAAUGCAAUAGAAAGGCCGUUUGGCUACGAGGCAGACGCAACCCGAUGGGUGCGGAGAAGAUCAAAUAGCUACCAGGACUUCAGUGGUAUAAAUAAGCUCUUUGUCCUCUCAUGCUGGUGCUUCGCGCCAUUGGAUUUUUGUUUGUCGUGAUUCGAACUCGUCACUUUCUUUUCAUCAUGAGGAAAAAACAACGCCAUUUUUAUACUUGACUAGGUCCAGCCUCCUCUCCCGACUGGCGACCGUCUAAGGAGCAGAUGAUGUACUCGCGAGGGGCUAUCAAAUGCAAAUAUGUCUGGGUCCGGAAACUUGUGAUGCAACUAUGUGAGUAAUGAGCUCACUGAUAUAGGUGACCAAGCAUGACAAGUUUUCGCGCUCCUGUGUGUUGCGUAUUCCGCAUGGUAGGGUCCAUUUUUGCAUGACAGGCAAGAGGAUCUUUUUGCGCCUAAGCAUCACAGCGUUAACAGUCAUGCGAAACAAGCAUGACAAAUCUUGCAUUCUUCCAGACCCAGACAUAUUUGCAAUGCAUAGGGGCGUCUAGCAAGCAACUCGAGCAGCAGGAUGUACGGCUUUUCUCCGUUGGAAAAUCGCCGCUGAAAGAGUGGACCCCGCGCGACGCGUCGAGUAGCGGUGGGGGAAAGAGAAAAAAAGAUAGGGAACGAAGUAAAGACGACGGGCCGGUUGGGGCUGGUAUAAUUUAUCUUCCAUUGAUAGUUCUUGGUAAGUUUAAGUCGUGUGUUCUUAGUUUGCAAACAAAGAUGAAAGGCGAAGUGCCGGAAUCCGAUGGCUAUCUCGCAGCACUCAGCAUGCUGGUCAAAUUGUUGCAUAAAAAACUACCACAGGUGGCAUGGACACUUCCAUGAUACGGCGGUCCUCAUCUACGCUUACGUG